AUGGUAUUGAUCCCUCCGGAAGACUAUAACUCUCCUACAGCUUACUACAUACCUCAUCAUUCUGUUAUAAAAAAUGAGAUAUCUGGACCUAAGCUUAGGGUGGUUUUUAAUGCUAGUUUUCGAGACACGAAUGGAACAUCUCUCAAUGAUUCUUUAUUUAUAGGACCUAAGUUACAACAGGAUAUUGCUUCUAUUCUUUUAACUUUUAGAUUUCAUCUAUAUGUUUUUAUUUGUGACAUUAAGCAAAUGUAUAGACAAAUUCUUAUUCAACCACAAUUUCAAAACUUUCAAAGAAUCAUAUGGCGUUUUUCUUCAGAUGAACCAAUUCAAGAAUACAAACUGCUCACAGUGACAUACGGGGUAUCGUCUGCUCCAUAUUUAGCUCUUCGAACACUGCAAGAACUUGCUAAUCAGGGAGAGUCUCAUUUUCCUUUAGCUGCAAAGGCAAUAAAGAAAAAUAUUUAUAUAGAUGACGCAAUUUGUGGUGCAAAUGAUCUAAAUUCUGCUCUAAGUUUGCAACACGAACUUGUUGAUCUUAUGCGUACUGGGGGGUUCGAAUUGAGAAAAUGGGCAAGUAAUCAACCUGAUUUGUUAAGCCAUAUUCCUCCUUCUGAUGUACAAAUGUCUUGUAGCUUUGACAAAGAAGAACCUUCGUUCAUUAAAGUUUUAGGUCUAAAAUGGUGUCCAAAAUCUGACGAGUUUACUUAUUCUUUUAAUCCAGUUGAUCGCCAAUGUACUAAACGGAAUAUACUUUCCGAAAUUAGUAGAAUAUAUGACCCUAUUGGUUUUAUUUCCCCAGUUAUUCUAUUAGCAAAAUGUCUUCUACAAAAACUCUGGGAAUCUAAUAUAUCUUGGGAUGAAACUCCUUCUACAGAUAUAUUGCAGGUCUGGAAUAGGUAUAAAUCCGAACUAUCCCAACUAGCUGGAAUUAGAAUACCUCGACGUGUAAUUUCUGAUAAUAUUUCUUGUAUGGAACUGCACGGUUUCUGUGAUGCUUCCCAAACUGGUUACGCAGCCGUCAUAUAUUUUCGGACUAUCAAUGAUAGUGGUCAAGUAGUACCUUUUUGGUCACUGCUAAGUGUAAAGUGGCUCCAUUAA